UGCGGACGGCCUGGCGGUGCCUAGGCUCGGGCGGGCGGUCUUACGCGCUCAGUCGCGCGGAGCCGGGCCCGGGAGCGCAGGAGGCGGCAGAGGCGGCAGAGGCGGCAGCGGCGGCAGGAUGAACAGCAUCAAGAACGUGCCGGCGCGGGUGCUGAGCCGCAGGCCGGGCCACAGCCUGGAGGCCGAGCGCGAGCAGUUCGACAAGACCCAGGCCAUCAGCAUCAGCAAAGCCAUCAACACCCAGGAGGCCCCCGUGAAGGAGAAGCAUGCCCGGCGCAUCAUUCUGGGCACCCACCAUGAGAAGGGGGCCUUCACCUUCUGGUCCUAUGCCAUCGGUCUGCCGCUUCCCAGCAGCUCCAUCCUCAGCUGGAAGUUCUGCCACGUCCUCCACAAGGUCCUCCGAGAUGGGCACCCCAAUGUGCUGCAUGACUGCCAGCGGUAUCGGAGCAACAUCCGGGAGAUUGGAGACCUGUGGGGGCAUUUGCAUGACCGAUAUGGACAGCUGGUGAAUGUUUACACCAAACUGUUGCUGACCAAGAUCUCCUUCCACCUUAAGCACCCCCAGUUUCCUGCGGGCCUGGAGGUGACAGACGAGGUGUUGGAGAAGGCCGCUGGGACUGACGUCAACAACAUCUUCCAGCUCACCGUGGAGAUGUUUGAUUACAUGGACUGCGAGCUGAAGCUCUCUGAAUCAGUUUUCCGGCAGCUCAACACAGCCAUCGCGGUGUCCCAGAUGUCCUCGGGCCAGUGCCGCCUGGCUCCCCUCAUCCAGGUCAUCCAGGACUGCAGCCACCUCUACCACUACACGGUCAAGCUCAUGUUCAAGCUGCACUCCUGUCUCCCUGCGGACACUCUGCAAGGUCACAGGGACCGGUUCCAUGAGCAGUUCCACAGUCUCAGAAACUUCUUCCGCAGAGCCUCUGACAUGCUCUACUUCAAGCGACUCAUUCAGAUCCCCCGGCUGCCCGAGGGACCUCCCAACUUCCUGCGGGCCUCGGCGCUGGCGGAGCACAUCAAGCCGGUGGUGGUGAUCCCAGAGGAGGCCCCUGAGGACGAGGAGCCUGAGAACCUCAUUGAGAUUAGCACGGGUCCCCCAGCUGGGGAGCCAGCGGUGGUGGCUGACCUCUUCGAGCAGACGUUUGGACCCCCCAAUGGCUCCAUGAAGGACGACAGGGACCUUCAGAUUGAGACCUUGAAGAGGGAGGUGGACUUGCUUCGCGCAGAACUGGACAAGAUCAAGCUGGAGGCCCAGCGGUACAUCUCGCAGCUGAAGGGCCAGGUGAACACGCUGGAGGCUGAGCUGGAGGAGCAGCGGAAGCAGAAGCAGAAGGCCCUAGUGGACAACGAGCAGCUCCGCCACGAGCUGUCCCAGCUGCGGGCCGCCCAGCUGGAGGGCGAGCGCAACCAGGGCCUGCGCGAGGAGGCCGAGAAGAGGGCCAGCGCCACGGAGGCGCGCUACAGCAAGCUGAAGGAGAAGCACAGCGAGCUUAUCAACACGCACGCCGAGCUGCUCCGGAAGAACGCAGACACGGCCAAGCAGCUGACAGUGACGCAGCAGAGCCAGGAGGAGGUGGCGCGGGUGAAGGAGCAGCUGGCCUUCCAGGUGGAGCAGGUGAAGCGGGAGUCGGAGAUGAAGCUGGAGGAGCAGAGUGACCAGCUGGAGAAACUCAAGAGGGAGCUGGAGGCCAAGGCUGGAGAGCUGGUGCGCGCGCAGGAGGCCCUGAGCCGCACGGAGCAGAGCGGGUCAGAGCUGAGCUUGAGGCUGGAUGCGCUGAGUGCAGAGAAGGACGAGCUGAGCAGUGCUGUGCGGCAGCGGGAGGAGGACCUGCUGGCGGCCCAGAGCCUGGUUCGGGAGAAGGAGGAGGCGCUGAGCCAGGAGCAGCAGCGUAGCUCCCGGGAGAGGGGCGAGCUGCAGGGGCGGCUGGCGGACAAGGAGUCUCAGGAGCAGCGGCUGCAGCAAAGGCUCCUGGAUGAGCAGUUCGCCGUGCUCCGGAGCACAGCCGCUGAGGCCGAGGGCAUUCUGCGGGAUGCGGUGGGCAAGCUGGACGACCCCCUGCACCUGCGCUGCACUAGCUCCCCGGACUACCUGGUGAGCAGGGCCCAGUCGGCCUUGGAUGCAGUGAGUGCCCUGGAGAAGGGCCACGCCCAGUACCUGACCUCCAGGGCAGACGCCUCUGCCCUGGUGGCAGCGCUGACCCAGUUUGCCCACCUGGCUGCGGACACCAUUGUCCACGGCAGCGCCACCUCCCACCUGGCCCCCACUGACCCUGCUGACCGCCUGAUCGACACCUGCAGGGAGUGUGGGGGCAGGGCGCUGGAGCUCGUGGGGCAGCUGCAGGAUCAGCAGGCUCUGCUGCAGGCCCGGCCUGGCCUGGUGCGGGGUCCCCUGCAGGGCAUCCUUCAGCUGGGGCAGGAGCUGAAGCCCAAGAGCCUGGAUGUGCGUCAGGAGGAGCUUGGGGCUAUGGUGGACAAGGAGAUGGCGGCCACGUCUGCGGCCAUCGAAGAUGCCGUGCGGAGGAUCGAGGACAUGAUGAACCAGGCCCGCCAUGCCAGCUCUGGGGUGAAGCUGGAGGUGAACGAGAGGAUCCUCAACUCCUGCACAGACCUGAUGAAGGCCAUCCGGCUGUUGGUGACAACGUCCACCAGCCUGCAGAAGGAAAUUGUGGAGAGCGGCAGGGGGGCAGCCACGCAGCAGGAAUUUUAUGCCAAGAACUCCAGGUGGACGGAAGGCCUCAUCUCUGCCUCCAAGGCCGUGGGCUGGGGAGCCACACAGCUGGUGGAGUCAGCUGACAAGGUGGUGCUUCACACGGGCAAGUAUGAAGAACUCAUCGUCUGCUCCCACGAGAUCGCGGCCAGCACAGCCCAGCUGGUGGCGGCCUCCAAGGUGAAGGCCAAUAAGCACAGCCCCCACCUGAGUCGCCUGCAGGAGUGUUCGCGCGCCGUCAACGAGAUGGCCGCCAACGUGGUGGCCUCUACCAAGUCGGGCCAGGAGCAGAUCGAGGACAGAGACACCAUGGACUUCUCCGGCCUCUCCCUCAUCAAGCUGAAGAAGCAGGAAAUGGAGACCCAGGUGCGGGUCCUGGAGCUGGAGAAGACCCUGGAGGUGGAGCGUGUGCGGCUGGGGGAGCUGCGGAAGCAGCACUACAUGCUGGCCGGGGCCGUGGGGGCGCCCGGUGAGGAGGACCCCGGCCGGCCUAGCCCUGCCCCCCGCAGCGGGACCUCCAAGAAGCCGCCCCUGGCCCAGAAGCCCAGUGUGGCUCCCAGGCAGGACCACCAGCUCGACAAAAAGGAUGGCAUCUGCUCGGCUCAACUCGUGAACUACUAGGCACCCCCGAGGGGUCCAGCGGGGAGGCUGAUGGGCAGGCCCGGGCCCACGUGGCUGAGGAAGCUCUGAGAGGCCCGGUCCCCAGCCCCACAGCCCGCAUCAGUGUCCCCAAGGCCUCCAGCCCUCGCUGAGCCUGAGGGCUCAGGACUGACCAGGGCCAACAGGACCAGUUCUCCUGGAUGGAAGCAGCCAGAACCCAGCAGGCCUGAGCCACAGCUCUUCAGGAAAUACACGGAACAUUCUUAAUAUUCUGAGUUAGAUCUGUUGUGAGUUCGUAUUCAACACACUGGGAAGCAGGGCCACUGGAGGGGCUGUCUGGAAAAGCCCCCCACCUCUUCGGACUCGGGUCUGAGGUUAGAGAUGACUAGGAAGAACACAGUCCGUGCUGACUGCUGGGGAGAUGGGUACAUCACCUGUUUAUGGCCUUCUUGGGGCACUGAUUCCAUGGAGACGGGACCUGGUGGGGCCACAAGCAAAGUGGGAUGCUCUGGGUGGACUGGGGGUAGCGCCCCUCUCUCCCCAGGCCUUGCUCUAGGACAUCAAUGAUGUGAGUGCUGGGGGGACGCAACCCUCGGCCAGGCAGAGGCAGGCCACGUGAGGCUGCCUGGCAGGGCGGACCCCGCGGCUGAGCGCCCACACCCGCUGGGCACAGGUGCUGCCACCUUGUGGUCUGUGUUCCCGCUGGACUGACUGCAGUGACUCACCCGCUUCCUGUUUUUCAUCCCCCUGAUCUGGGUGCCCCUGCCCUGGAAGCCCCAUUCUGGCCACCUCCCAUGCCCACCUUCUCCCCCCUCUGCCUGCCCACUCCCUGGGUGAUUCCCAGCUCCCCUGAAGGCUCACCCAGGAAAAGGCCAGGAGCUAGGAGUGGCGGCCCGCUCCGUGGAACCCAGGUACCUCAUGCUGCACAGGAGGGGGCUGCCGUUGGGGAGGGCUCGGCCUGGCCCCGCCCCAGACGGAGGAGUGGGAGGCACUGUUCUCCCGGAGCCCGCGCCUCCCGGGGAGGGGGACCCGGCUGGAGGAGAGGCCCCGGGUCUGGAGAUGAGCACAAGGAGCCAGCUCUGUUUGCUUUCUGUUGAGUGUUUGUGUUGAACUGUCAGAUGGGCAAUAAAACACACUUAGACUGUU